AUGCUGAUUUAUGCGGCCGACCUGAAUCCAGAUGCGAGCCCGCGGGCGGAUGCAGGCGCUACGGGGUGGACGCCGAGGCUCGAGGUCGGCUCUGCGCCCGUGGGGGCGCCGUGGCACGAGGACGGACCCGCGACGCCGAGGCACGAGGACGGCGCGCUCACCGAGAGGGACGGCCCAGGCGGCCCCGCCACGCCCAGGCUGGAGGGCCCCGCCACGCCCAGGUUGGAGGGCCCCGCCACGCCCAGGGACGCGGCGCCGAAGGACGAGGUCGGCAGGCAAAGGUCCUCCGACGGGGGUGCCGAGCAGAUCAGCCUCGACUUUCCGGACGACGGAGGCAAGUGGCGGUGGGCGCAGGACCUGGUCGAGGACAACGAGAACGACGAGGUGCCGCUGAUCGUCCCGAAGGCUGCCAGAGAGGCCAUGGUUCAGGCGCAGAAGAAGGCCGCCGAGGCGCGGCUGAAGGCCAUCGCCUCGAAGCCCGUCUGGAAGAAGAGCCAGCAGGCUGGGAAGCUGUACUCACCGCGAACAGGACAUGCUGUGGUCCUAGUGGGCGACACCUUCUACCUCAUGGGCGGCACCAGCGAGAACGGCGUAGCAACGACCGUGUACACGUUCAGCAACAGCACCUGCGAAUGGGCAAUCCUGCCCGUCGGCGGGCAGGCGCCCUGCCCCCGGUCGGGCGCCAAGGCGGCGGCGAUGGGCCGGGCCCUGGUGCUGUUCGGCGGCUACUCGAAGCGCAGUGGUGGCACUUACUUCAAUGACCUCCACGUUCUCGAUCUGAAGACCAGCUAUUGGAUCAAGGUCAACGUCAGUGAUGCUCCACCUCCCCGCGUGGACCAUACCCUCGUCAGCUUCGGGUCGGAGUUGUUUGUGUUCGGCGGCUUCAAGGAGAAGCAGCGGUUCAAGGACUUGCAGAGGUUCAGCUUCCGCGACAACUUGUGGACCGAGGUGAAUCUUGGGCGAGUAGCCCCUCCAGGGCGAGUAGGGCAUACAGCUGUGAUCUUUGCCGGCAGGAGGGUUUGGCGGCUGGAGCGGCCGUGA